AUGAAGAAACGUGAUAUUGUGAUAAUUUCAAUUUUGAGCUGCGCUGCUCUUGCUGUCCUUUUCUCUAUCGCCGCGUACCUGUAUAUACGUAGGCGAAGACGAAAGAGAGAGGAUGAUGAAGAUGGAACCAGUUGCGCCAUACGGAUCGAUCAGUCGGGUGCGGACAGUGGCAGAGAGAAAAAUGGUACAAGGCUUAACGGGUUUCUGAACUUAAAAACACCUCUCAUCAGUACGAAGACUCUAGGGUAA